AUGGUGAACAUCACAGAGAAGAUCAAGGAGAUUGAGGAUGAGAUGCGUCGGACGCAGAAGAACAAGGCCACAGAAUACCAUCUGGGUCUAUUGAAAGGAAAACUUGCCCGUCUAAGAGCCCAGCUCCUGGAGCCAGCAGCCGGUGCCGGCUCUGGCGGUGGCAUGGGAUUCGAUGUCAGCAAGAGCGGUGAUGCACGUGUAGCUCUUGUCGGCUUUCCCUCCGUCGGAAAGUCCACGUUCUUGUCCAAGAUCACCAAGACAAAGAGUGAGGCUGCCGCCUACUCUUUCACCACGCUGACAGCUAUCCCCGGUGUGCUGGAGUACGGCGGUGCCGAGAUCCAGAUUCUGGAUUUGCCCGGUAUCAUCGAAGGUGCCUCGGAGGGCAAGGGACGUGGUCGACAGGUUAUCUCUGCUGCGAAGACUAGUGACUUGAUUCUGAUGAUUCUGGAUGCUACAAAGCGUGCCGAACAGCGAGCCCUGCUCGAGGCUGAGUUGGAUGCCGUGGGCAUUCGGCUGAACAAGGAGCCACCUAAUAUCUACCUGAAAGCCAAGAAGGCCGGCGGCAUGAAGAUCACUUUCUCAACACCCCCAAAGAACCUAGACGAAAAGAUGAUUUACAAUGUGCUCCGCGAUUACAAGAUCCUCAACUGUGAAGUGUUGGUGCGAGAUGAGAAUGCUACUAUCGACGACUUUAUCGACGUGAUCAUGAAGGAUCACCGCAAGUACAUCCGCUGUCUCUACGUCUACAACAAGGUCGAUAGUAUCGGUCUCGAAUUCCUCGACGCCCUCGCCCGCGAACCUUACACAGCCGUGAUGAGUUGUGAACUGGAUCUAGGCGUGCAAGAUGUUGUCGAGCGGAUCUGGAAAGAACUGAGAUUGAUGCGUCUCUACACAAAAAAGAAGGGCGAAGAACCAAACUUCGACGAGGCACUCAUCGUCCGCAGAGACUCCACUAUCGAAGAUGUGUGUGACCAGAUCCAUCGCACGAUCAAGGAAACGUUCAAGUAUGCGAUGGUAUGGGGAGCCAGUGCGAGACAUGUGCCGCAGCGAGUGGGAUUGGGACACAUGGUAGCAGACGAGGAUGUGAUAUCGAUCGUGGCGAAGUAA